UUUUGAAUGUAAAGUGCAAGCCUUGGCCACCGGCAGAGUUGAAAGCCCCACCUCUUUUUUUUUUUUUUCUCCAGAGUUAUUUCAGAUGAGCGCAGUAAAAGGACAAAAAUACCCUGAAAGUUGGGCUAUAAUUGGACGGAACUGUCAGCCUCUUUUUAUUUCCAUGAGCCACUCUGUGAAACUCUAUACUUGGAACUCCUCCCACUCCUAUUUACUGAUCAAAAGCGUCUUAGGGAAUUUUACCUCACUUUUACUACAACUUUACACUGGAUCAGCCCUGUGGAUUUAUCACCACUAACUUUUGUGCUGCAUUUUGGAAGCCGUUUGCAGGCUUUGAUCCCAGGAAGAUGCUGCAUUAUUUUGGCUGCUAUACCAACAUCAGACUGAGCCUGUAAGACGUGUUCUCCUGGAUGGUGUUCAUUGGCUAGCUGGAAUUUUUAAUCAGAAGUUUGUUGAUAAAGAAGAUUUAUGGUCACGAUAAGCUUUACGCAAAGAAGAAGUGAUACAAACAGACAUGCUUAUGCGAAUAGGAUUCUGUAUUUUUGCAAUUUUAACGCUGAUAUUUUUUGAAGGAAGAGCACAAAUACAAAGAGCAGGCUGUAAAAAUGUCCAUUAUGACUUGGUUUUUAUCUUGGACACAUCAUCCAGCGUGGGAAAAGAAGAUUUUGAAAAGGUUCGGCAGUGGGUGGCCAACUUAGUGGAAACAUUUGAGAUUGGGCCAGAGAAGACACGAGUGGGCGUUGUUCGGUACAGUGACAAGCCGACAACUGAAUUUGAUCUUGGAAGAUACACAACAGUAGAAGAUGUGAAAAGAGCUGCAAGAAACAUCCGCUAUCUUGGGGGUAACACCAACACCGGAGAAGCAAUUAGUUACAUCACCACACGCAGCUUUUCAGAGACAAGUGGUGCCAGACCAAGAGAACAGGGCAUCAAGAAAGUGGCUAUAUUAAUGACAGAUGGAAGAAGCCAAGAUUAUGUUCUGGAACCAUCCAAAGCUGCCCAUCAGGCUGGCAUAAGAGUAUUUGCAGUUGGCGUUGGGGAUGCCUUAAAGGAAGAAUUAGAUGAAAUUGCAUCUGAGCCAAAGUCGUCUCAUGUGUUUCAUGUAUCAGACUUCAAUGCCAUUGAUAAAAUAAGAGGAAAGCUAAGGAGGAGGCUAUGUGAAAAUGUGCUUUGCCCUAAUAUUCACGUGGAAGGAGACAGAUUUAAACCUACAAAUGGUGCCGAAAAAGAUGAAAUUCCAGGAUUUGAUCUGAUGGAGUAUUUCAAUGUGAAAGAAUUGUUUGGUAUGAAAGAAAUUGGAGGUCCAAGUUCAUAUGUGCGCCUUGGAACAAUUCCGAUUGUUCAACAAACAGAAGACGUAUUUCCACAAGGCCUCCCAGAUGAGUAUGCUUUUGUUACCACAUUUAAGUUCAGGAAAACCUCAAGAAGAGAAGACUGGUAUAUUUGGCAGAUUAUUGACAAGUAUGGGAUACCACAGGUGUCUGUUCGUUUGGAUGGAGAGAACAGAGCCGUGGAGUACAAUUCAAUUGGAGUCACCAGAGAUGCUGUGAGAGCCGUCUUCAGGAGUCCAGAAGUAGCUGACCUGUUUGAUCGUAACUGGCACAAGAUAGCCUUAAGCAUCCAAGCACAGACGGUGUCCCUGUACCUUGACUGCAAACUCAUUCAAACCAUGCCCAUAGAAGAGAGGGAAGAUAUCGACAUCCAGGGAAAGACUGUCAUUGGCAAGCGUUUGUAUGACAGUGUUCCCAUUGAUUUUGACCUCCAGAGAAUGGUGAUUUACUGCGACUCGAGACAUGCAGAGCUGGAGACUUGCUGUGACAUUCCCACUGGUCCAUGCAAAGUCACAGUUGUGACUGAGCCACCAUUAGUAAUACCCACAACAUCACAAAGUGGAGAGCAACAUGCUGGCAUCAAGACUGUAAACUGCUCGUGCCAACCUGGAGAAAAGGGGGAUGUUGGCCCACCUGGACUUGACGGCCCCAGAGGUCAUAAGGGUGAAACUGGAAGUCAAGGUGCAUUUGGGCCUGCUGGAGCUAAAGGACAAAAAGGAGAAGCUGGUUCAGCGUCUUCAGUUAAAGGAGAUAAAGGGGAAAAGGGAGAAGGUGGAGAAAAAGGAGAGCCUGGAUCAAGAGGAGACAGAGGUGAAAAGGGUGCGAUUGGUCUGUCUGGUCUUGCAGGAAAAAAAGGAGAUAGAGGAGAAAAGGGGGAUCCAGGGGAAACUGGAGAUCCUGGACUUCCAGGACCACUUGGACCCAAGGGAUCACUUGGAGAAGCAGGACUACCAGGAUUGCCAGGAUCAAAUGGGGAACCUGGAGUAAGAGGGGAUAAAGGUGAAAGAGGAAACCACGGAGAAAGGGGUGAACGAGGCUUAGAUGGAUCCCCUGGAAAACCUGGUGUCCCUGGAAGAGAUGGCCUAAAAGGAAGUAUGGGCUUCCCAGGUGUAAUUGGACCUAAAGGAGAAAAGGGUGAAAUGGGACCGGCUGGAAUACCAGGAGACGCGGUUCAUAGUUCGGGUUUGAAAGGGGAAGCUGGACCACCUGGCCCUAGAGGGCCUCCAGGGCAUCCAGGACCCAUUGGACCACCGGGUCCCCCUGGUGCAGAUGGCAAGUUUGGAGAGCCAGGUUUACAAGGUCAAAGGGGCAAGAAGGGAGAGGCUGGUUUACCUGGCGUAGACGGAUUACCGGGACCACCAGGCCCUGAAGGACCUCCUGGAAAACCUGGCCCCCCUGGACAUACUGGACCUCCUGGAUUACCAGGAGAAAUUGGAUUUUCUGGAAAGCCAGGAGAAGCAGGAAAACCAGGGUUGCCUGGAAAGGAUGGUUUGGAUGGUCUGCCAGGAAAUGAUGGGCCAAAGGGUGAACCAGGGGAGAAAGGUUUAGAUGGUUUCCCCGGUAAACCUGGUCCCAUGGGUGAAGAAGGCUCACCUGGAUCUAGAGGUUUACCAGGGGAAAAGGGUGAAGCUGGUCAACCAGGGUUGAUAGGAUUAACUGGACUCCGGGGAGAACGAGGUGAACAAGGUGAACGAGGAAGACCUGGCCCCCUGGGACCUAAAGGUGAAAAAGGAGACAAGGGUGAGGCAGGACCAGUUGGCCCUCCAGGUUCUCCGGGAAGUAUUGAAACAGCAGUGGGUCAGCCUGGAGAACCAGGAGAACCUGGGCAAACAGGAGACAAAGGAGACAAAGGGCAACCGGGAGACCCUGGUCCAAGAGGUGCCCCAGGUGACCAGGGGCUCAUUGGCCCUCCAGGAUCACAGGGAGCAAAAGGAGACCAAGGAGCAAAAGGAGCAUCAGGAGAAAAUGGAGAACCAGGCCCUCCUGGCCUACAGGGUCCUCAGGGUGCACGUGGAUUGCCAGGAAAUGUGGGCAUUCCUGGAAUUGAUGGCUUAUCUGGAAGCGAUGGGCAAAAGGGAGAAAAGGGUGACCCUGGAAAGGAGGGAAAACAAGGACCACCUGGGCCAGCAGGAGAGCAAGGUGAAGCUGGUAUCCCAGGAUUGCCUGGAAAGGGAAAAGACGGUCAACCCGGAGAGCCUGGUGCUCAAGGCCUGCCAGGGCCACAAGGACCCAAGGGUGAAGCUGGGUCUCCUGGAUUAUCUGGACGUAUUGGAGAGAGGGGUCCACCUGGAACAGGGCUGCCGGGACCACCUGGACCUCCUGGUAGUCAAGGAGAAAAAGGGCCACAGGGUAUCAGAGGUGUACCUGGAGUUGCUGGUCCACAAGGUCCUCCUGGGCAUAACGGUUUGCCUGGACGACAAGGAGAAAGAGGAGAUCCUGGAGAACCGGGGAGGUCACCGGAAUUGUCCAAAAAAGACCUGGAAGGCCUUCUUAAAGAUGUCUGCAGUGAUUGCCCUCCUGGCCCUGCAGGAUUGCCAGGUGUGUCAGGUUCUAAAGGUGACAAAGGGGCAGAAGGUGCUCAAGGAAAGGAUGGACGAGACGGAUAUCAAGGACCACCUGGCCCUACAGGUCCUGCAGGUCCAAGGGGUCUUGAUGGAAUAAAGGGCAGUAAAGGUGAUCCUGGCAGACCGGGAGAAAAUGGAGAAAAAGGAGAAAAGGGACUUCCAGGUCUCCCUGGCUAUCCAGGACCAGUGGGUGCUGCAGGACAACCAGGUGCAGAUGGUCUCCCUGGACUUGGUGGCCCACCUGGAGCCCCUGGUGAGAAGGGAAAAGAAGGUCUCAAGGGCAUCCAGGGUCCUCCAGGUCUUCCAGGAUUAAUGGGAUUACCUGGAAAGGAAGGAAAAGAAGGCAAGCAAGGAGAACCUGGAGAGCCGGGCAAGCAAGGAGAGAUUGGCCCUCCAGGCAGAGAUGGCCUCAGAGGAACUCCUGGAUUUAAAGGACACCGGGGUGAGCCAGGCGGUCCUGGUCCAAGGGGAGAACCUGGCACGGUGGGUCCACCUGGAAAAUCAGGACCUCCAGGAAAAGAUGGUGAUCCUGGUUCACCAGGACAACAAGGUCUUCGAGGGCCAAGAGGGGAAGAGGGUAAAAGUGGACCACCUGGCCCUGCUGGAAAAGCUGGAGCUGUAGGCCCUCCAGGACCUCCAGGUGGUAAAGGGGACUCUGGAAGUCCAGGAUUACCAGGCUUUAUUGGACCCAGGGGCCCUCCAGGACCUGCAGGAGAGAAAGGACUUCAGGGAAAGGAUGGAGUCCCAGGAAAACAAGGAGACCGUGGCUCCAAAGGAGAAAGGGGCGAUGCUGGAAUUAAAGGAGAGAAAGGACCAUCAGGAGACAAAGGACCACCAGGAGAACCUGGAUUACCUGGCAUUAAAGGGCACACUGGAAUGAUGGGAAUGCAGGGUCCCCAGGGAGAGAGGGGUCCUUCUGGGGCUCCAGGUACCCCUGGUCAACCUGGUUUUCCAGGACCUAGGGGAGAGUCCACAUCACUAGAAGAACUACGAAGACUUGUCCAGGAAGAGUUAUCAAAGCAGCUAGAUGCAAAAAUGGCCUACCUCAUGGCUCAAAUACAGCCCGCACAUGUUAAAUCUUCACCUGGAAGACCAGGUCCUCCAGGACCUUCAGGAAAAGAUGGUCCACCAGGCAGAGCUGGGCUUCCAGGAGAACCUGGGCCUCCUGGGCAGAAUGGUGGCGAGGGUCCUCAAGGACCACUUGGUCCAAAAGGUGAAAGAGGAGCAAAGGGAGAGAGAGGAGAAGCUGGUAUUGGCCAACGAGGAGAAAUGGGUCCAACUGGUCCUGUUGGGCCUCAAGGUAUUCCUGGAUAUGGAAAAGAUGGAGUGCCAGGCACAGCAGGGACUCCUGGAGAGCCAGGAAACACUGGACCACCUGGGCCUCUCGGACCCCCAGGUCCACCUGGACAAUGUGAUCCUUCUCAGUGUGCUUAUUAUGCUAGUCUGGCUGCAAGACCAUCAAAUGUCAAGGGGCCUUAAUGAACAGUGGGCAAUUUAGAAAAAAAAUGUAAUAUAUAGAUAUGUAUGUGUGUGUGUAUAUACAGUAGAUACAGUAUAUACACAUACACGUAUAUAAAAUUAUGACAUGCAAAUAAAUGAAAAUGUUUUGAGUCUUUGAACAAAAUGUUUAGCAGCAGCUGCUGGUCAGACUUUUUUUCAUUUAUGUUAAAAUGUUUUUGGAUUUUUACCUACAUAUCAACAUUGAUUUGCUGCAAAAUUAAACUUGCUUUCCAGAAAACAAA